AUGAUAAAGCAAGAGUGGAAAAACAAAACGGUUGUUACAGCGUUCAUCCUCCUGGGAUUUGGGAAUGCCCCUGAACUGGAUUCUCUUCUCUUCCUGAUGUUUCUGUCAAUCUACAUUGUAACCAUAACUGGAAACACCUUCAUCAUUGUGCUGAUGGUGGCUAAUCCGCACCUUCACACCCCAAUGUACUUCUUCCUGGGCAACCUGGCCUGCUUGGAAAUCUGCUACAGCUCAAAUAUCUUGCCAAAAAUGUUGCUUAGUUAUCUGGGUGGAGACAGAAGUAUUUCAGUCAACAGAUGUUUUACACAAUACUAUUUCUUUGGUUGCCUGGCAGCUGCAGAGUGCUAUCUCCUCGCAGUGAUGUCCUAUGAUCGGUACCUAGCAGUCUGCAAACCUCUGCACUACCCAUCCCGUAUGAACGGCAAGCUCUGUCUCCAGCUGGGUGCUGCAUCUUGGAUAAGUGGCUUUCUGUCUAAUUCUAUACUAACAUUCCUGAUCUCAGAUUUAGAUUUCUGUGGGCCUAAUGAAAUUGAACAUUUUUUCUGUGACUCAUUCCCAAUAAUAAAACUCUCCUGUAGUGACACUCAUGUGGUGGGACUUGUCACUUCUGUUGUGGCAGGUGUGUGCUCACUGCCUCCAUUUCUGUUGACCUUCUCAUCCUAUCUCUACAUUAUUAUCACGGUCAUGAGAAUUCCUUCUGCCAGUGGGAGGAAAAAGGCCUUUUCCACUUGCUCCUCACAUCUUAUUGUGGUGAUUCUUUUUUACUGGUCAAUAUUAACUGUUUAUGUACUUCCUCAUCAUGAUACCCAAAUAUCUCCAAACAAAGUCUUCUCUGUUUUUUAUACUAUUCUCACUCCCUUGGUCAAUCCUCUCAUCUACAGUCUGAGAAACAAAGAAGUAAAGGAAGCUCUGCGAAAACAGACAAGUAAAUUGCUGGCUUUCAGAGGGCUGCUUUCUGCUAAAAAAGGGGGGGGGGGGGUAAUAAUCCUCAAUGAGUUACAGGUUCGGACACAAUUAUAUGGCAUGUGA